AUGGUUAAGGAAAGUAAACAGUCUGGAGGAUUGGAAUGGAGGAUUAACGUCCCGAAUGAAAAUACUUCUGAAGUUUUAGCGCCUGAGACAAAGUCUCAAAUCCGAGUUUGCAAUGGAUUACGAGGUUUAAUUGUGGGGUUCGUGUCAAGAAUUUGGAAAUUUCUUGAAAAGGCUUGGAGUUUAGCUGUUAGAGAGCCUAAGAAAGCUAUUCAUGGCCUUAAAGUAGGGAUGGCUCUUUCUAUCAUCUCUCUCUUCUAUUACAUGAGGCCUUUGUAUAAUGGAGUCGGAGGGAAUGCUAUGUGGGCUGUUAUGACUGUAGUCGUCGUAUUCGAAUACACUGUGGGGGCUACACUCUCUGCUGCCGCUACCUUUUCUCGAUUCAUUCCAACGAUAAAAGCGCGAUUCGACUAUGGUGCUAUGAUCUUUAUCCUCACCUUCAGCUUUGUAUCGGUAUCGGGCUAUCGUGUGGAUAAAUUGUUCGAAUUGGCUCAUCAUAGAUUAUCCACAAUUGCCAUAGGAACCUCCCUUUGCAUCUUUAUAACCAUGCUUUUCUGUCCUAUAUGGGCAGGAACUGAACUUCACUAUCUUAUCACAAACAACAUGGAAAAACUUGCUGCUUCUUUAAAUGGUUGUGUUGUAGAAUACUUCGGCAUCAGUGCAAAUGUAAAUGCCAAGGGUGAAGAUUCAGACAAAGUAUUACAAGGUUACAAAUGUGUGCUUAAUUCAAAGGCUACCGAGGAAGCCAUGGCUAAUUUUGCUAGGUGGGAGCCUGCACAUGGGAAAUUCAAUUUUCGCCAUCCGUGGAACGAGUACCUAAAAGUCGGGGCUUUAAUGCGUAAAUGUGCUUACUGCAUUGAAACUCUUAAUGUUACAACCAACUCAGACACACAGGCACCCGAUAUCCUAAAGAAGCAUUUCGGCGAGUGUUGCUUAAGAUUAAGCUCUAGUUCCUCGGACGUGUUAAAAGAAUUGGCAGUUCUUAUGAAUACAAUGACAAAAUCGAUAAAGAUUGAUCUCAUGGUGCACGAGAUGAACAAUGCAGUACAAGAACUUCAAGGCGCCCUGAAAUCCCUGUCUAAACAACCUAUUAUUGGAGACUCCAAACAUAGCACAGAAGAGGGAAACAAAAGUACUACCAUAGUGCCUCUCACGGAGAUUGUUCCAAUACUUUCCAUUUCCACAUUGCUGAUAGAAGUUGCUGCAAGAAUUGAAAAGAGUGUGGAAGCCGUAAAUGAACUUGCAAACAAAGCGGAAUUUGAAGAAGACAGUACAAAGAAGUCAAAACAAAGCCAAAACCAAAAGAAUCCAAAUCAGCCUAGUCCAGGAAACCAAGAAGAUACGACAAUGAAGACCCUUCAGAAGGUCUGA